ACGCUUACCUUUCGGUGCCCGCAGCCAUGUCAAAUCGUUCCAGCAGCCAAGUCCGCAACCUGCUCGCCAUGUUCGAGAACAACAACAACAGCGCCAACACCACCACCACAUCCACCGACUCUACCUCGCCUGACCGCGGCCGCUCCAACGGCCAUCUGUCCCCGGCUUCCAACGGCGACCGUCCCCUGUCAAAGGUCCGCUCGAGCUUCGUCUCUGUCGAGCACGGCAGCCCAAGCAGCCCCAGCCCGGCCAUGGACAUCGACCCGCAAAAGACAAAGGAAGAGUACCAGUCCAGGCAAGAGAGCUCUGCCAGCCUCCGCCGGCACAGCUUCAGCCUCGACGAAGGCAGCAAUGCCAUUGCCAACCUCAGGCAGAGUAUGAGCCAGGAGUCGGAACGCAGGGGCUCGAACCCCAUGGUGGCAGAGACUAUCCCGGAGGCUGCCAUUGAGCAGACCCCCGCCGUUACCACUCCUGCAGUCGAGGCCAAGGACUACAUGGCCGCCGGACAGAUUGCUCAUGGUAACAGCGAUAUGCCUCAGAGCAAGCUCCGAGACGAGGUCACAGCCGCCGACGUUGGUGAGCCCGCCGACACCAUCCAGACCACGGAAGCCGACGCGGCUCGACCUAUGACGCUACCUGCUGAUGAUAUGCCUGCCGACAAUCCUGACAAGCCGGUAUCUGGUGCGCAAGAGGAGCCCGGCUCCAUGCAGCCUUCUGACCUCACGGAUCGCUCCCUCGUCUCACCUACCCCUGACGCCAAUGCAGACGAGAAGUCGACGCCUCCUGCGAAGCUCCCUUCGCGUGCCCGUCGUGGCACUGUCACAGCCGCCGAUGCAAGCCCUGCCUCUGUACCCCAUAGACCUGCCAACAUUGUCGCAACCGCGCCCGAGCCAUCAGUCGAAGCCCCUAANGACACCAACCUCUGUCAAGAAAGCGCCUGCGCCCACUUCUGUCAAGAAUCAUCAUCUACCCUCUCGCCUAAGCCCCCGGUUCGGAAGCCUAGCAAUUCUUCUCUUACUCAGGCCAAGUCGAAGCCCGACGCUGCUUCUAACAAGACGAAAUCUCCUCAGUCUAAACCCACACGUCCUCGAUCGCCCACACGACCAGUCAAGGUUUCUUCGCAUCUCACUGCCCCUACUGCCGCUUCGGCAGCAAGACAAGAAUCUCAGCCUCCCAAGGCUUCAGUGUCUGUUUCCAAGCCUGCUGUGACCAACCGCCCCCAAGCACGUGCUCCUGCAGCUUCCGCAAAGCCCGUUGCUCGACCAUCAGUUGCGUCGACCUCGAGCGCACCCAAGAAAGCCGAAAGCAAACCUGCCGCUGCUUCCAAAGGAUCCGAUGAUGGUUUCCUUGCACGUAUGAUGAGACCGACUGCAAGCUCAGCCAGCAAGGCGCAUGACAAGACUGAGGCCAAAAGCCCUCCCAAGCGAACACCCUCGGUGAUCAAAUCAAAGACUUCGGCAAAGCCCAAGACAACAAAGGUCGAAAAGUCCAAAUCUUCAUUCUCGGCUGAGAAGGCAGAGCAAGCAGCCGGUGCUUCAACACCACAAGGAUCAACCGGUGACCAUCAUGACACUGCCGGAUUAGAGGCUACUCCGGCAUUCGACGCUGCGACGAUUCGU